GUCUGCAGGAGGGGUGGAGUCGCGGAAAAGCAUCCAGACAGCGCCGGCACACAGCGCAUGUCCGCGGAGGGCCGUCACGUUGAUCUGCCCGGUCCAAUGAGACAGAAACUUUUCCAACAGAGAUUUGUAAGAUGGCGACCGCCGAACCGGAAAUCAACCCUAUUGCACCCCAUGCUGAUGAAGAUGGAGUUGAGGAGACGGGACAGGAGCUAGUGAACCCAGAAUCCUACAUCAAACACCCCCUCCAGAACAGCUGGUCCCUGUGGUUCUUCAAGAAUGACAAGAGCAAAACAUGGCAGGCCAACCUGCGGCUCAUCUCCAAGUUCGACACAGUUGAAGAUUUCUGGGCUCUCUACAACCAUAUCCAGUUGUCAAGCAACCUCAUGUCAGGCUGUGAUUACUCCCUCUUUAAGGAUGGAAUUGAACCCAUGUGGGAGGACGAGAGGAACAAGCGUGGCGGGCGCUGGCUCCUCACCCUCAACAAGCAGCAGAGGAGAUUAGACCUGGACCGCUUCUGGCUGGAAACUCUCCUGUGCUUAGUCGGAGAGGCCUUUGAUGACCACAGCGAUCAGGUCUGCGGAGCCGUGGUCAACAUCCGCACAAAAGGAGAUAAACUCGCUGUGUGGACAGCGGACUACGAGAACCGGGAGGCUGUGACACACAUUGGGAGAGUUUACAAAGAGCGCUUGGGGAUUCCCAUGAAGAUGACAAUCGGCUUCCAAUCUCACGCAGACACAUCUAGCAAAAGUGGUUCAACCACCAAGAACAAAUUUGUUGUUUGAGAACGUGCCUCUUUCCUUUUCUUGUCUUAUUUGUUGUUGGUUCAUAUGUUUACUGCGCUGCAAAGACUCUGCGAAAUCCAAUCUGGAAGAAAGAAAAAUCCAAUCCUACGUGCCAAAUGUUUCCAUAACAUACCCAGAACUUGAUCCACUUGUAAAAACACACAGAAGAACAUGAAUCUAUCAAAACAAUAAGAGGGAUUAAUAGUGAAUGAGAUUUAGAGUGCUGCAUACUCUACUAAAGAAAGUUUCGUUUUUUUCUUUAAUGUCAGGGAAUCCUGAAAUGCGAGGGAAACGAGUACAUUUCUCUCCCUUUUACUACAGCACUGCUGGUUGCUGUAAUCCUUAAUGCCAUGAAAGCCUUUUAAUUUAUUAUUAAUUUGCCUGCAUAUGAUUAGAUUGUUAGACCUCUGUUUUAUGCUUCUUUUUUUCCUUGUUGCACGUAAUCAACCUUUUAAAAAAAGUAUUUCAUGACUCAUAUUCACUUUGUGUGUUAAUAUAAUUAAAACAUUGGUUUUGCAAUUA